GAGCUGCUGACGUCUGCUCCGGCAUCGCCGAGGGAGGGAGAGAGGCAGCACAGCCAGAGUCCAGCCCUGCAGAGCUGAGCAGGCUCCCGGCCGGCUCGGGCACCGUGCCCACCAUGCCCCCCCCGGGCCGGCCGGUGGGGCCGCAGGGGGCCGGGGGGCUCCGCUGAGCCCCCAGCCAUGGGGCGGUGGCCGUGGCCGUGGCUCUGGUGCCUGCAUACGGUGCUGGUCCAUGGCACCAUCCUUGUGGGGGCCCAGCGCCAGCAACAGAGACCUCCCCGGCUGGCAGGAUGGUCCCCAGCAUCCUCCUCCUCCUCCUCCUGGAUGCCCACAGCAGUGCCAGGACCGUCGAAGGACCCCGAGGGCACGGCCGCGGCGAUGCUUUACCUGCAGACGGGCGAUGCGCAGCGGCUGGCCCGAGCCAACUGCAGCCGGGGGGUCGUGGCGGGGGCAGCCGGUGCCAGUCCCCCGGCAACGCUGCGUGCCACCCUCCGUGCCGCCCCCGAGGCGCUGGCACAAGCUGCCAACUUCCUCAACAUGCUCUUCCAGACCAACGACAUCCGAGAAGCCAGCGUGGCCGAGGACGUGGAGUGGUACCAGGCGCUGGUCCGCAGCCUGGCAGAGGGGCACCCCUGGGUGUACCGGGCGGUGCUCGCCCUGGAUGCCCACCCGCUGGCUGCCAAGCCCCGUUUGAUGCUGCAAGCUACCAAAGGGGACGACGAGAUCCUGCUGCAGGACGUUUCUGCUGCCGCCCCCAGCUUGGGCAACCUCAGCUGGGACAAUGAAUGGUUCAACUCCUUCAAGUCGCAGCGGACCCCCCCGCUCCGCAAGCGCCUGCUCAGCAACGACCUGAGCAGCAUGGACACCCCGAAGUGGCAGCGAGGUGACAGCUACGUGGGGGACCCCAGCCACGUGCGGUGGUCCCCCCCCUUCCUCCAGUGCCAGGAUGGCAAGUUCCUGCCCACCUGGCUGGUCACCCUCUCCUCCGCCUUCUACGGGCUCAAGCCGGACCUCAGCCCUGAGUUCAAGGGGGUCGUGAGGGUGGACAUCGAGCUGCGGGACGUGGGCAUCGACCAGUGCAGCACUGGCCCGGGCUGGUUUGCAGACACUCAUCGCUGUGACCUCAACAGCACCCAGUGUGUCCCGCAGGAGAGCAACAGCUUCGUCCUCGGGAGGUACCUGUGCCGCUGCCGGGCAGGCUUCUACAGGGCUGCGGCCGUGCCCAGCGGCGCCCGGGCAGGCUCAGCAGGGACGGAGGGGGGGGCCCGGCUGGCAUGCCAACCCUGUCGCCAGGGCUGUGCCACCUGCGAGGACGAUGCCCCCUGCCUGAUCCAGGAGGACCGGGCCCUGCGGGCAGCGGUGCUGUCGUGCCAGGCUUGCUGCAUGCUGGCAGUGUUCCUCAGCAUGCUCAUCUCCUACCACUACCGACGCAGCAAGAGGAUCCGGACGUCGGGAGUGGUCCUGCUGGAGACCAUCCUCUUCGGCUCCCUCCUCCUCUACUUCCCGGUGUUCAUCCUCUACUUCAAGCCCAGCAUCUUCCGCUGCAUCGUGCUGCGCUGGGUGCGCCUGCUGGGCUUUGCCACCGUCUAUGGCACCAUCACCCUCAAGCUCUACAGGGUGCUGAAGGUGUUCCUGUCCCGCUCGGCCCAGCGGGUGCCCUGCGUGUCCAGCCAGAGGGUGCUGAAGAUGUUGGGGCUGAUCCUGCUGCUGGUGCUGUGGUUCCUGGCGGCUUGGACCAUCGGCAUGCUGGAGAACCUCGACAAGAACAUCCCCCUGGUGGUCCGCGCCCAGACCGCCCGCGGGCUGCACUUCUACAUCUGCAGCCACGACCACUGGGACUAUAUGAUGGUGAUCGCUGAGAUGCUGUUCCUGCUGUGGGGCAGCUUCCUCUGCUAUGCCACCCGUGCCGUGCCCUCUGCCUUCCACGAGCCUCGCUACAUGGGCAUCGCCCUGCACAACGAGCUCAUGAUCUCUGCCACCUUCCAUGUGGUCAGGUUCAUCAUGGUCCCCUCACUGCACCCUGACUGGACUCUGCUGCUCUUCUUUGCCCACACCCAUGGCACCAUCACCAUGACCCUGGCACUGCUCUUCAUCCCCAAGUUCCUGCACGCAGGCUCUCCGCUGCGGGAGGAGAUCGCGGCCGAGGUGUACGAGGACGAGCUGGACCCGGGGCGCUCGGGCUCCUGCCUGACCAGCAGCCUGGCAUCUGCCUGGAGCGAGCACAGCCUCGACCCCGAUGACAUCCGGGAGGAGCUGAAGAAGCUUUACCUGCAGCUGGAGGUGCACAAGGCCAGGAAGGUGGCGUCCAACAACCCCCACCUGGCCAAGAGGCGCAGCUCCCGGCGCAGCCUCCUCCGCUCCCUCUCCCGCCGCGGGGCUGAGCCCCCCGAGCUCCCCCCACGCCGCAGCAGCGGCAGCUGCGCCGCUGCUCCCCCCGGCGACCGAGCGGGCACCCCGGCCCGCCGCAGCUCCUCAGCCGAAGGGCUCCCCGAUGCCACCGGUGCCAGCCUGAGGACGAGGGACGAAGGCUCCCGGCGCCGUGCCGCAGCCCUGCGCAAGUCUGGCAGCGCCGAGGGUGCCAGGAGGGAGCCCUCCGGAGGCUCACCCAGCAGCCCUGGGCACCUCGAGAGGAAGAGGAUGGCGGUGACCCCUUCGGAGCCAUCCGACAGCGAGUCCCUGGACGCUGCCCCGCUCGCCUGCAGGUCAGCCAGUGCCCACAACCUGGCAGCGCCCGGGCGGCUCGCCCUGCCCCGCGCUGCCCCCCUCCACAAGUCGCUCAGCGCCGGGGCACAGGACGAGGCUGUGCUGGCUGCCAGCCGAGCCGCCUGGCACCACCAGUGGCACCCAGCCGUGGCACCUGGACCCCCCGAGGCGGCUGCGGUGCCCGCGGCUGGCUCCAGCCCCAGCCAAAGCAGCUCCCAGCGGAGCAAGGCGGCCCCGGGCGAUGCCAAGGCGCAGAAGAGAGUCACCUACGCGCCCGGCAAGAGCGUCAGCGCCGACGGCUCCCACCCCCCCGGGAGGGUGAGGGUGGCAGUGAAGAGGACCCCCCCGCCCCCUCCAGUCCGGUGCCAGAGCUUGGGGCAGCGAGCCACAGCAGCCGCGGGCAGCCUGGAGGCAGCAGAGCCGCCCCCAGAGCCCCUGGCACCCGCGGCAGGGCCCCAGGGAACAGCAGCGGAGGAAGCACUUGGGGGCACUGCCCCCCGGGCAGGCAAGGGCAGGCUGCUGCCUGCAGCAUCCAUCCCAGCACAGGUCUGCCCCUGGGAGCUGGUCCAGGAUGAGAUCCUGAGUCAGAAGCAGAAAGCUGCUGAGGCAGCAGACUUGGGCACCCCUGGGGACACAGCAGCCACUGGCACCCCCAAACCAUCCUUGCAGAAGACCUCCCUGAGGAGCCUGGGACUUGCCCUCAAAGCCUUCAACCGCUCCAGGGGCAGAGGCAUCCUGAGAGGGAGGAGGGAGGGCGAGGGCAGCCUCAGGAGGAGGGGGCAGGAGGGGGGCAGCAGGAAGGAGAGGCUCAGCCUGGCACAGACGUCAGCCACAGCCCCUGAGGGGAGCAGCCAAGGCCCCACCACCAAAAGCCCUGAGUGGCAGAGGCAGAGGCCCAGCAGUGAGCCCACUGCCCACCCGUGGCAAGGGCACACAGCCCCCUGCCAGCACAACAACAAUGCUGGCACCACCCGGGGGGCUGAGGGCUGGGGGGACAGAGGGGCAGAGGGGCAUGGGGACAGCCCAGCCCUGGGGUCAGGCACUGGGGAGAAGCUGGCAGAGGAGCUCAGCACUCCCCAAGGGGGUGCAGAUGCUGGUGGAGCCCGGGAGGCACCCUUAGGGGUGCACAUUGGCCCCCCCAGUGCUGCCCACCGAGAGGCAGCUGAAGGUCCUCCUGGAAGCCUGGCGGGGGGCAGCAGUGGGGAGGCACAGACACAGUGCCAGGAGGGUGCAGAGCCAGGGAAGGAAGCUCCUGCAGCCCCCCCGGGGCUGGUGGCACCAAGGGAAGCGGUGGCAGGGCUGAACGAAGGGCUGGGGGUGAGCACCCAGCCCGAGGAGCACACAGAGGUGGAGCAGCCACUCGCAAGCAGCCUCCACCCGUCCUCAGCAGCUGCCAAGGAGCCAGGGGCUGGGGUCUGUCCCCAGGGAGCCCCAAGUGUCCCAUCGGGCAGAGGAGCUCUGCUGCGCCAGCAGGCAGUUGCCUCCCGGGAGGAUGGAGAGGUCCCACCGGGCACGGAGAGUCCUGCCAGGCUGCUGCAGAAGGGGAGAAGCCAACCUGAGCUCCUUGGUCCCGGGGGGACCAGCUGGAGCCUCAGGAGGGUCCCACCGAGGAGCCGCAGUGUGGAUGUGGCCCCAGGUCCGGCAGGGAGAAGCAGCAGGGAGGCAGAGGGGGAUGGUGCUGGGGAAGCCCAGGCAGAGCCCAGGAGCAGAGUGGAAACCUGGGAGGAGGGCAGGGAUGAGGGACGGGAGGCAGGCAGAGCUCCGGGGGAGGGUGGCCGUGAGGGGGUCCCUGGCGGCCCUGGGGGUGAGCUGGGGGCAGAGAAACCACCAAAGGAAACCCCAGAGCUGCCCAAAGCAGAGAGUGUGGAGGGCAGGAGGGCUGAGGUCUGUCCGUGGGAGGCUGGGGAAGGGGGAAGGAGCAGAGCAGACAUCUGCCCCUGGGACACGGAGGGGACUCGGCCAGAGCAGGAGAGGCUGAAAGCAGGCAGGAGGCAGAACAUCAGAGCCAGCCCUGGGGCUCUGCUGGGAGCACAGGGGAGUGGAAGCAGAGGGAGCAGCAGUGCUGAAGCACCCCCAAAACCUGCUCCCAAAAGCUCUGAACCCUCUCUAAAAGCUGCUCCCCAAAGCUCUGAGCUCCCCCUAAAAGCUGCUCCCCAAAGCUCUGAGCCCCCAGCAGUGAGCCCCAGGAGCCUGCUGCCCACCCUGGCCUCUGUUUGCCCCUGGGAGGUGGCAGGAGCUGAUGGUGCUGCAGAAGUUUGCCCGUGGGAAAGGGCAGCAGCCCCAGCCCGGGCAGGGAAAGUGGAGGGCAGUGCCAUAUCCCGAGUGGAAAAUGGGAUUGCCCUGCAGGGAGCAUCCCUGGGGGGCACAGGAAAGAGGGCUCCAGAGGUGGGCAGCAGCCUAAGGGCAUCCCCUCGGGCCGUGGAAGGUGGGGAGCAGCCCAGCACAGGGCUUGCAGCUGGACACCCAGCUCAGCCCAAAGCAUUGCCUCAGGGAGCAGGAGCCACGGGCAGCAGGAAGGGGAACGUUUGCCCGUGGGAGGUGGAGGAUGAGCCACGUCCUGGGGCAGAGAUCUGCCCCUGGGAAGAGCCUGCAGCUCCACUGGGGAAAGCCAGACUGAGGCAGGACUCUCGUGGGGCUGCCAAAGGGGAGAGCAAAGCAGGGACUGGAGGACUCGAGGGUGUCAAAGCCAAGUCCAAGGAAUCCCAGAGUGUGGAGAGCAAAAAGGCUGAGGUCUGCCCCUGGGAGAGCACAGACAGGGAGCAGCCACCAGGAAAAGCUCCUGCCAGGAGCCCAGAGCUGCCCAAAGAUCCUUCCAGCAAAUCCCAGAGCAGGGAGAGCCUCAAGGCUGAGGUCUGUCCUUGGGAUGCUCCAGAGGAGGAACCAGCUCAGAGAGCAGAGAUCUGCCCCUGGGAGAGCACAGACCAGGAGCAGCCACAGGGAAAAGCUCCUGCCAGGAGCCCAGAGCUGCCCAAAGCACCUUCCAGGAAAUCCCAGAGUGGAGACAGUCUGAAGGCUGAGAUCUGUCCUUGGGAUGCUCCAGAGGUGGAACCAGCUCAGAGAGCAGAGAUCUGCCCCUGGGAGAGCACAGACAGGGAGCAGCUCCCACUACAAACUCACAGCAGAAGCCCAGAGCUGCCCAAAGCACCUUCCAAGAAAUCCCAGAGCAGGGAGAGCCUCAAGGCUGAGAUCUGUCCUUGGGAUGCUCCAGAGGAGGAACCCACUCAGAAAGCAGAGAUCUGCCCCUGGGAGGUGUCUGCUCCUCCACCCAGCAAAGAGAAACCAAGGCAGGGCAAGGAGGCUCUGCCCAUGGUGAGCAGAAGCUCUCCUAGAGGUGAGGAUGUCCACAGAGAGCCAGGAGAGAGAGCACCUGGGAGGAAGGAGGCAGCAAGCAGUGGCCUCGAGUCCAUCUGCCCCUGGGAGAGCCCAGGCACAGAGAGCUCCUCCCCAGGGCAUGGGACGAGUGGCACAGAGCUGCAGAGAGUCACCAGCAAGAGAUCAGAGAGCACUGGGACCGUGAAGGCUGAGCUCUGUCCGUGGGAGGCUGCAGGGGAGGGAUCCACUCAGAGAGCAGAGAUCUGCCCCUGGGAGAGCACAGACCAGGAGCAGCCACAGGGAAAAGCUCCUGCCAGGAGCCCAGAGCUGCCCAAAGAUCCUUCCAGGAAGUCCCAGAGUGGAGACAGCCUCAAGGCUGAGGUCUGUCCCUGGGAGAGCACAGACAGGGAGCAGCUCCCACCACAAACUCAUAGCAGAAGCCCAGAGCUGCCCAAAGAUCCUUCCAGGAAAUCCCAGAGUGGAGACAGCCUCAAGGCUGAGAUCUGUCCCUGGGAUGCUCCAGAGGAGGAACCCACUGAGAGAGCAGAGAUCUGCCCCUGGGAGAGCACAGACAGGGAGCAGCCACCAGGAAAAGCUCCUGCCAGGAGCCCAGAGCUGCCCAAAGAUCCUCCCAGAAAAUCCCAGAGCAGGGAGAGCCUCAAGGCUGAGAUCUGCCCCUGGGAGGCUGCAGGGGGGGAAUCAGCUCAGAGAGCAGAGAUCUGCCCCUGGGAGAGCACAGACCAGGAGCAGCCACAGGGAAAAGCUCCUGCCAGGAGCCCAGAGCUGCCCAAAGCACCUUCCAGGAAAUCCCAGAGUGGAGACAGCCUCAAGGCUGAGGUCUGUCCCUGGGAUGCUCCAGAGGAGGAACCCACUGAGAGAGCAGAGAUCUGCCCCUGGGAGAGCACAGACAGGGAGCAGCCACAGGGAAAAGCUCCUGCCAGGAGCUCGGAGCUGCCCAAAGAUCCUUCCAGGAAAUCCCAGAGUGGAGACAGCCUCAAGGCUGAGAUCUGCCCUUGGGAUGCUCCAGAGGAGGAACCCACUCAGAGAGCAGAGAUCUGCCCCUGGGAGAGCACAGACAAGGAGCAGCCACAGGGAAAAGCUCCUGCCAGGAGCCCAGAGCUGCCCAAAGAUCCUUCCAGGAAAUCCCAGAGUGGAGACAGCCUCAAGGCUGAGGUCUGUCCCUGGGAGGCUGCAGAGGAGGAACCAGCUCAGAGGGCAGAGAUCUGCCCCUGGGAGGUGUCUGCUCCUCUGCCGGAGCAAGCUGAGGCCAAAGUCCCUGCCCAAGCUGCUGCCUCCCAAGCAGCGCAGAAGGGCAGCAGUGAGCGUGAGGCAAUCUGCCCCUGGCAGAGCCUGGGCACGGAGGAGCCCUCCCUGAGAACCUCCACGGACACAGAACCACCCCAGGAGGGCAAGGAGAGCAGCAGCUCAGAGCUCUGCCCCUGGGAAGCAGCAGAGCCCAGCAGCUGGCAGCAGGAGAGCUGCCCCCCAGGGGCUGGCAGAGCCCUUCCCGCGGGGCUGGCAGAGGCAGAGCCGCUGGCAGGAGGCAGCUCCACCUCUGCACCAGCCCUGCUGAAGGCAUCCAAGGGCAGGCUCCGCAGCGAGGCUGAGCACAAACCCCUGUGCCGCAUCUCGGGGGGUAUCCAGCACCCACGGGGUGCCAGGGCAGCCCCACAGCUUGGCAGAGCCAGCUUGGACCCCACCGCCAGCAGCAGCCCCAGCCCAGGCUCCAGCGUAGGCACAGUUUGUCCCUGGGAGGCAGCAGAAGCUCUGGCAGCAGCUGGUGGUGCCAGCACCGGCACCAGCAGAGCCUCCGAGGUGUGCCCCUGGGAGGUGGAGAGUGCAGAUCCCGCCCAAGGGUGCCAGCAGGGCAGAGCCAAGGAGACCCAGCAGGAUGGAGCCAGGGCUGGGAGCGAAACCAAGCCUGAGGUCUGCCCAUGGGACCACGAGUAGCCUCCUUCUGGCCACCAGCUGGGUGCAGACAGGGCUGGCACCAACUUGCUGGCCCAGGCUGGCUCAGCAAGUCCUGAGCAGCCUGGGCAGGGACACAAGUGCCCACCAAGGGCAUGGCCACGCUGCCAGCAGGCUCCAGUGGUGCCCUUCAGCCAGGCAGGCUUGGAGCAAGAGGAUGUUCAGCACCUCCUGCCUCUGCUGGAGCACUCAGAGCAGGCUGCAGGUGCCAGGGGCUUGGCAGGCUGCAGGUGCCAGGGGCUUGGCAGGCUGCAGGUGCCAGGGGCUUGGCAGGGUGCAGGUGCCAGGGGCUUGGCAGGCUGCAGGUACCAGGGGCUUGGCGGGGUGCAGGUGCCAGGGGCUUGGCAGGCUGCGGGUGCCAGGGGCUUGGCAGGGUGCAGGUGCCAGGGGCUUGGCAACCCUUUGGGAGGAGAAAUUGUUCCUCACAUCCAUCCCUGGGGCAAGCUGACUCCUGGGGGCCGGGAGAGGAAACAGCAAAGCCUCCAAGCAUCCCCAGACCUGUCCACCAGAGACGGCAGAGGGGAAGGGUUUGGGUGCCCCCCCCCGGGGGCUCAGGGCUCCUCCUGCCCUCCCUCCACCUCCCCUCCCCUUCUCCCCGGGCAGAGGCUGUGCUGUGCUGAGUGUGGGCAGCAGUGCUGGGGGCCAGGGGCACGCAGGAAUAAAAACGUUC